UCAUUCAUCCCCCGAACCCGACAACAACCCACCCUCUUCCUCCCAUUCUAAUAUCUCCGUAUCAUUUUACACUACCUCCCCCAUAUUUAUAUAUAUAGGCAGCCCCUCACUCUGCUCUGCAUCCAUCCAUCGCUCUCAUUGAAGUUCGAGCUCCUCCGUUAAACGGAGAACCCAGCGAGGAGUAGUCCAAUCAUGGCGAAGACGGGGGCCUAUCUGGUGCCCGUUCUCUUGGGCUUCCUCCUUGUGGGGCCCCUCAGCGUGUCCUCCGCCGCCGCUACGGAGACGGGGGACAAUGGCAAGACCACCCGGCAGACCUACAUUGUGCACGUGGCGGAGUCCCAGAUGCCCCGGGCCUUCCAGCACCACGAGCACUGGUACGACGCCAACCUCAGAUCUGUCUCCCACACGGCCGAGAUGAUCUACACCUACUCCACCGCCAUCCACGGGUUCGCCACCCGGCUCACCGCGGCGGAGGCCGAGUCCCUCGCGACCCGCCCCGGGAUCCUGUCUGUCCUCCCCGAGCAGCGGUACGAGCUCCACACGACCAGGACCCCUGAGUUCCUGGGACUGGGUGAUAACUCGGCGCUGCUUCCGGAGGCGGACGUCGUCGUGGGGGUUCUGGACACGGGAAUUUGGCCCGAGAGGAAGAGCUACAGCCAUGCUGACAUGGGGGACGUACCGUCCUGGUGGAAGGGUGAAUGCGAGGCCGGGGCAAACUUCUCUACUGCAAAUUGCAACCCGAAACUGAUCGGAGCAAGGUUUCUUGCGAAAGGAUACGAGGCCGCGGUGGGCCCGAUCGACUGGUCCAACGAGUCCAAGUCCCCGAGGGACGAUGACGGCCACGGGACGCACACCUCCUCCACGGCGGCUGGCUCCGAGGUGGAAGGCAUAUCCUCGUGCUGCGCCACCUUGCCCACACCUUCUUGUUGCAUAGCAUGGGACCCCGAUCGAUGAAUAUUGCUCCCUGUGACAAGUGAUUUCAUAUCGCCGAUUGUCUUCUCAUCCUUGGACUUCAAAUUUCUUGCUCUGACACGGCCCGUAAUUAACUCAUGGGAAAGGAACAGAAUUAGAAGCAAAGAAAGAGCAACCAUGAACCUGUCCCUAGCCAUAUAUUGUAAUGCUGACAAAUGAAGGAGAAACUGUGAAAGCUUAGGAGUAGAAGAUUUGGGAUUUUUACUAUGAAACUCAUGGAAGUCAUGUCCUCAUUUAUAAGCAUCUGAGGAGUUGCUGGACGGUGCCAAACUCAUUUACGCAAAGGAAUAUUCAAAAUAUGUUCUUUGGCCGUCAUUCGAAAAAGUUUGUUCCAAAGUGAUCUUGUCUGUAUCAGUAAUGUUAAGUUCGUCUGUUAUUUUGUCCUGUAAUGUUUGGAUAGUGUUUGGAUAUAUAUUGUCUGAUGAUUCUUCAUAUUGUAAUCAAUUUUGUCCUGUGUUAUACAAUCUGUGUUUGUUAUCA